AUGAAACUUUCUAGCAUUUUCGGCGCUGCUUGUGUCGUUCAGGGUAUAGUUGGACUCGGGUUUAAGGCCCAAUUUGUCAAUGUCCCGGAAGAAAAGCUCGAAUUGGAAAAUAAAAGAGUAGGCAAGACCUUGCCUAUCCACAGAAACUACCCAUCCAGAAUCGACGCUCAGAUUGUCGGAUUGGGAUCCAAAUACGGCGAGUCUCACAAGUAUCUCGUGAAAAAACUGUACGAAUUUGACGUGGAAGAUUUGGCCGUCGGAGAGUACGAGUUAUUGGUGCAUUCUCAUGACUUCCAUAUCCGCAAGAACAGAUACCGUGUUUCUGUUGGAGAGAACGAGAUUUCGGUUCUAGACGAUUUCUACGGCAUUGAAGAGGUCAAUGCUACAUCUGCACGUGUUGUGAGUGCCGAAAGCCCGCUUCAAAUUGAAGCUAGCAAAAUCAAGGUGUACGAUGAAUCGCCGCAAAACAAGCUCGUGGAGAUGUUGAUGCAAAGUCCGUUUGGCUUCAUCUUCAGAAACAGAUUGUACACGAUUAUGUUUGUGGUUUGCAUGGGUCUUAUGAUUCUCCCCACGGCCAUUCUGUGGUUCUUCCCUGAAUUGGCGGACCAGUUUGCUGAUAUGCAAAAGGAAGCGUACGAGAAGCGGGCCGAGAGGGCAGAGGCCGAGAAGCAGCAGGCUGCGGCGCCCGUGAAGCCCUCCAAGUCGAAGAGGCGGGCGUAG